UUGUUCGGUCAAGAUAAGCUUUCGUACUUUUUGCGAUAGCUAUCUCGACAAAAAGAGAUAAUCUAUCGUGUAUCGCGACUUAAUAUUGUCGCAUUUGCAAUUACUGCCAUCUACACAACGAGAUAAGUUAUAAAAAUAUGUUAGGCAAUAGUAUUUCGGAACUCAUUUCCCAGUAUCCUGACGUCAUGAUAAAGAGCGAUCGAGCACGUGCGGCUAUACAACAUAGAUGCACCGCCAUCGGCAGCGGAUGUCUGACAUGGACGAUACAUGUAACACAAUGAAGAUAUUUAAAGUUUGGAAUGUCAACAAAACUUCCGGCAGUCUUCUUGGGGCUCAGAAGUUGGAGGAGCUAAAAAUGAAAGUUGAAUCAAAGUUUGAAAUAUCCAGCUCAGAGUUUCACAUCUCCUUAUCUGAUGGUUGUAAGGUUGAAGAUGAAGAUGCAUUCCAGCUUUUGAGCUCAGGUACAGAACUCUUUGUUCUAACUACAGGACAAUCACGUUUGACUGGUGCUCCUUCAUCAUCCUUGAAUGAUUCAGAUUUUUCCUCGAGCUCGACAUCACCGUGGACCAAUCUUUUGAGUUUGGUAGAUAACAUCAGAAAAAGGAAAACUAGCUUGAAUAUAAAGAAACCAGCCACAAAGAAAGCGAAAACCUCGAUGAAAAUUAAUAUUGGAUGGUUACACUUUGAUCAAAGCAGGAACAAAUACCAACAAGUAAAACUUAAAACCGGUGGUGGAAGCAGAACGGUGGAAAUGUGCAUUUCAUCAUCAUACAAAGAAAUAUUAGAGAAGGCAAUCGACAUUUUUUUCCCAGCAGGGAUGUCAUCAAAAGGAAGGAUUGAGAAAUUUUCUUGCGUCCUUGGAAAUUUCACCCAAAAUUUGAUAAAGGAAGAUGGAUUCAGUUUGCAACAAUAUACAACAAAUUCCUGCUUUUCAAACAAACCAAGGAUAUAUCUUAUGACAAAGGAAAGAAUUGAACAAGAGCUACCUUCCUUAUUUGAACUACUAUCAGGGGACUCCUCUGAUGACUUUGACCUGCCUGACUUACUAUACAGCACCCACAGUUCCCCAGAGUCAUUAGAGACAGACCAUCAGGAACAUGAUGCUGCAACUGUAAUCAACACAAAUGAUGCUGCAACUGUUUCCAACCAAAAUGAUGCUGCAACUAUUACCAACCCAAAUGAUGCUGCAGUAGUUACCCACCCAAAUGAUGCUCCAACAGUUACCAACCAAAAUGAUGCUGCAACUAUUACCAACCCAAAUGAUGCUGCAGUAGUUUCCCACCCAAAUGAUGCUCCAACAGUUACCAACCCAAAUGGUGCAGCAACUGUUACCAACCCAAAUGAUGCUGCAGUAGUUUCCCACCCAAAUGAUGCUCCAACAGUUACCAACCAAAAUGAUGCUGCAACUAUUUCCAACCCAAAUGAUGCCGCAGUAGUUUCCCACCCAAAUGAUGCUCUAACUGUUACCAACACAAUUGAUGCUGCAACUGUUAUCAACCCAAAUGAUGUCAUAUCAGUUACCAACACAAAUGAUGCUGAGACUGUUACCAACCCGGAUGAUGAUGCAACUGUUUCCAACACAAAUGAUGCUGCAACUGUUACCAACACACACCAGAUGUUUGAGACAAAUCCAUAUUUGGAUCUCUCCCCUGUUACUUUGAGAAUGCCUAGGAUACCAACUUGCACAAUAUGCUCUGACAGAUUCUCAGAUGCUUUCUUAAACUGUGGGCACAUUCUCUGUUUUGUUUGUGCCACGGAACUUACAGAGCGGGGGUCUAUCUGCCAUAUUUGCAGACAGAAGUUCACAACAGUAUCCCAACUGUAUUAUUAAACUAGUAUGUAUUGAACAAUAUUUCAUUAAGAAACAUUCUAGAAAAUUAAAGAAUAUGAACCAUUUUUUAUUUUUGUUAAAGUUUAAGACAGCACUUUAGAAGCAAAAUAGCUAUUGGUGACACUUUGUUUUAGACAAAUUAUCUUUUUUAUAUCACUUGGCAGUCUGUCUUUUAUUUUUCAAUUCAAGUUCCAUUUUAUCUCCUCGAGUGGGGAUAUAUAUAUGUUCAGGGAAACUUUUUUUUGACAAUUUAACACGAUCAUUUAUUUUUUCAGACCAUCUGUUGUCCAUCUUUCGUCUGUCUCUGUUCAUAUGUAAACUUUUUACAUUUUUUUUUCUCUAUAAUCAGUAAAUAACUUUUAAGGAAACUUGGUACAAAGCCUCUUUAUAUGGUAAACAGAAUACCCAGGGGAGAACAAUUUUUUAAUACAGGAUCUGUUAUACUACAUUGUCCAGAUAUUUUGUUUAGACUUGGGCCCCAGGACAUACAAUUUUUUUGUUUAUGACUCCAUAAUAUUAUGUUCAUUGUUGUCAGGUUAGUGAUGUGGCCCAUGUACCUCUUGUCUAUGUCUAUAUUGUUCAAUCUUAAAAUAUAUUGGAGUCCUGUGUGACUUUUGCAAUAAUUUAGAGGGGUAUCUAAUAUCUAAAACUAGAGCUGUUUUCUCAGAGGAGAGCCACUGAGCUAAAUAGAAAACUUGCAGUAUUUUAAACAUUAUUCUGUUGUACAUGUAUAUUUAACUCAAAAACUGCUCUAUAUGACCAAUAUAGGUUUAUUGUAAAAGUCACAAAAGUAAUCUAAAAAGAAGUAUUAGAUUGUGAAACACUUGAUUCUUAGAUAAAUGCCCAUUGAUGAUUCAUAAUAGAUACUUUUAAGUGGUAUAAAGUAACUGCUCAAUAAGUUUCAGAUAUUUUUUUUCUGUUCUGAGAAUGUAAAGCAAAAGAAAUUUAUUUUUGUUUAUGCAUAAAAGGGUCUUAUUUUGUGAGUUUUUCUUGUAGUAAAAUGUAGUCUUGUGAUCAGUUUUGUCUUGAAGUUUCUCUCACUAAUGAGCUUGAUGCAAUUACUUGUAUUUGUUUACAUGCAUUUUCAUUGGCAUUUUUCAUAUGGGUUGUGUACAGGUCCAUUGUAUUCAUUGUAUUUUUUUUUCUAUCAGAAAAGGAUAAGGAAAAAAAAUAUAGGAUUUUAUAUGAAACCAAAAUGGGACAAUGUCUAAUUUUUCAAGAAUGACGAUGAAAUUAGGGAUAAAAAAAUGCUCUUUUUGCAGGGAAACUUUUAUUUUAACUCCUUUUUUUAAUCAUUUUACAAAGGUAUGUUUUAUUUGUUAUUGCAUGUUGCAAUAAAAUGUUU